AUGUCCUGUCCAGUACGUAUCUAUCCAUUGCGCAAGCCCAAGAACCAUCGCGUUCCUGUUCCGAGAUGGCAUCUCGCAUUGCCUGGUGAUGUCACACAUGUUUGCACCGCCUACACCGGAGUCCAGAAACACGAUGCCAGCCAAGAUGCUGACCAUGCUCGGGAUGAGGCCGUUGCAAUAAUUCAGUCAUGGUUACGAGGAGAGACUGGUCCAUCGGCAUAUGAGACAUUUGCCGUUAUCGAUGGAUGCGAUGUACAAGAAACGACGGUAUGGGUCUGCUAUUGGGAUGACAAGACAGCAUACGAUGAAGAUCUUGAGAAACUCUCACUCGAGUCAAUCUACUCCCGUUUGUCCCAACAAGGGCGUGCCUCAGUAGGCAUCUGGCGAGAAGCCUUUAUCACCGAGUAUCCCAGACUCGAGACAAAUUAUUCUGGUCUUGACUACCUCCCCGGCCUCGCAAGACUUCCUCGUGCAACCUUUUCUGAACAUACACUAUCAGCCUAUUGGGGCGCUGCCAGAGACAGAAUCCCCUCAUCUGCUCACGACCUUUUCCCUUCAUCAUCGGAUCACCUUCCUCCAAACACAACGCCCAACGGUCUGGGACAAUAUCUCAUCGGCACCAACACCGAGAAUGUAGCUCAUAUCCGCUCAGGUCAAUUCUGGGAAAACUGCAGCCAAGAAGAAGCCGACUCUUAUAACACAAAACUCGAGCCCACGCUCCGAUCUGGUCUUGAGUACCUAUGGAAUAAUUCCCCUGAGACGGGGGCUCUGGGACUACGCUAUCUUAGAAAUCAGGACCCAUCUCCAUCUUCCCCGGAGAGUGCUCCCCAAAAAGAAUCUUGUGGAGCAGGCUUCUUUACGAAUCUCGAAGCUCUCGAAACAUGGGCUAAGAGCCACAAGUCCCAUCUGGCUAUAUACCGUGGUGCUUUGACUCAUUACAAGGUUUUUGGAGAAGACAGGAAGUUUAGGACAUGGCAUGAAGUCUCGAUCCUAAAAGAGGGAGCUGCGAGAUUCGAGUAUGUGAAUUGCGUGCCCAAGACGGGGGUGAUAUCGAGUGUGCAUCUAAAGGUCGAGGAAGUGCUUUGA